AUGGCUCUCAAAAAAUCUAGCAAACUUCCUCAUGCAGCAGCUUUGAAGCAGAUUCUGAAAAGAUGCUCAAGCUUUGGGAAGAAACAUGGCUACAAUAAUGAAGAGGACCUUCCUGAUGAUGUGCCGAAAGGCCAUUUUGUUGUCUAUGUGGGAGAGAACAGAAGCAGAUACAUCAUUCCCAUUUCAUGGCUGGCUCACCCGCAGUUCCAAAGUCUGCUUCAAAGAGCUGAGGAAGAGUUUGGAUUUAAUCAUGACAUGGGUCUUACCAUUCCUUGUGAAGAAGUUGUUUUUAGGUCUCUAACGUCGAUGAUCAGAUCAAGUUAUGACGACUGAAAAUAGGGUUCUUUGGAAAUAU